GUCCCCUUCCGGCCGCCGCCGUACCAGUGACGUCCCGAGGCGCGCGCUCCGCCCCGCCCGCCCCGCGGGACGUGUGCCCGCCGCCGGGCGGAGGCGCUGGCAUGGCGGGCCGGGCGGCGGAGGAGCUGCUGGCGGCGGCGCAGGCGCAGUUGGCGGCGCGGCGGCUGGCGGCGGCGGAGGAGCUCUAUGGCCGCCUCAUCGCCUGCGGCGGCGGCGCCGGCCGCCACCUCGCCACGGCCCUGAACGACCGCGGCCUCAUCAAGUAUCUUCAGGUGGAGUUCGCCGCCGCCGUGGAGGACUACACGGCCGCCAUCGAGUGCCAGCCCGCCUUCGAGGUGCCCUACUACAACCGCGGGCUCGUGCUCUACCGGCUGGGAUGCUUUGAUGAGGCCAUGAAAGAUUUCAGGAAAGCAUUAGAGUUAAACCCCCAGUUUGAAGAUGCUGCAUUGAGUCUAAAACAGGCUAUUCUUGAUAAAGAAGAAAAACAAAAGCGAGGUUACUGAAAAUGCAGCUAGUGGUGUGAAACUGUUUUGCUGAACACUUAGCGAUGUUUUCAUUGAUGGAUGAAACACAACAUCAUUUACAUCUGUUACAACCUACUGAAGAAACCUCAUUCUUGGGCAAAUAAGUUAAAAAUGGAUUAUGAUUGCAGAAUAAACUUUUUUUGAUAGUGUUGAGGAAAAGCAUAAUGUUGGAUCUAGGUGAGAUGCUUGUACAGAUUUUGUACAGAAGUACUUCGUAAAGAUGGUGGAAGCUCAAUAACAGGAAAUGAAGUCUGAAGUUCUCUUAUUAGAACUGUUUCCGUAUUCUUUCACAGGUUGUUUUAAAUAGUCUUUCAUGGGGAAAUACUAUAUAAUACAUUUAAAUACUUAAAAUUGGAGCUUGUGAGAAGUACAGUGACUUAAUAACAAUUGUGUUUGUCCCCAUUUAAAUAUAUAUUCGAUUUAAGCUAAAAGUGCAAUUGUUAAUUAUAAGGUGUUGUCCUUGAGAUGCCGUGGUAACUGAUUUUCUUUUCAUUUCAGGGAAUUUCUGUAUUAAGAAACACUUAACAAAAACAAUAAGAUCUUUUUAGGUAAUGACAUCUGUACCCCACAGGAGGAAUGUGGUAUAAGCAUUUAGUCCGGUCUAAGUUCUUUCACUCCAAGAGGUGGUUUUAGGUUAUGUAAAGAGGAAGGAACAGAACGUACCUACAUUUUGUAAUCUCCUUUUAAAAGUAUUGGACAGAUUCAUAAGUGAAUGAAUAAAAAUGAACAUGUACUUUUUA